CUCCGCCCUCCCCGCCCCCUCCACUCCCCCCCUCCCCCCGUUUUGUUAAUUAAAACUAAGAAGUAAGAAUGGCAACGACGUGGCCGGCUCCCGUGGAGAACGCUUAAGGACACCACGCCAAUUCCUUCCUUCCGAGAUGGAAAGAGGAGCUCCUAGCUCAUUUAAGCCGGGGUAGGGCUGGUUCUCCUUUCCGAGCCAAAAUCCCAGGCGAUGGUGAAUUAUGAACGUGCCACACCAUGAAGCUCUUGUGGCAGGUAACUGUGCACCACACCUGGAAUGCCGUCCUGCUCCCCGUCGUCUACCUCACGGCGCAAGUGUGGAUUCUGUGUGCAGCCAUCGCCGCUGCCGCCUCCGCCGGGCCCCAGAACUGCCCAUCCGUUUGCUCGUGCAGUAACCAGUUCAGCAAGGUGGUGUGCACCCGUCGGGGCCUCUCCGAGGUCCCUCAGGGUAUUCCCUCCAACACCCGGUACCUCAACCUCAUGGAAAACAAUAUCCAGAUGAUCCAGGCCGACACCUUUCGCCACCUCCACCACCUGGAGGUCCUGCAGCUGGGCAGGAACUCCAUCCGGCAGAUCGAGGUGGGGGCCUUCAACGGCCUGGCCAGCCUCAACACCCUGGAGCUGUUUGACAACUGGCUGACAGUCAUCCCCAGUGGGGCCUUUGAGUACCUGUCCAAGCUGCGGGAGCUCUGGCUUCGCAACAACCCCAUAGAAAGCAUCCCCUCUUAUGCCUUCAACCGGGUGCCCUCCCUCAUGCGCUUGGACUUGGGGGAGCUCAAGAAGCUGGAGUACAUCUCUGAGGGCGCUUUUGAGGGACUGUUCAACCUCAAGUACCUGAACCUGGGCAUGUGCAACAUUAAAGAUAUGCCCAAUCUGACCCCCCUGGUGGGGCUGGAGGAGCUGGAGAUGUCAGGGAACCACUUCCCUGAGAUCAGGCCUGGCUCCUUCCACGGCCUCAGCUCCCUCAAGAAGCUUUGGGUCAUGAACUCACAGGUCAGCCUGAUUGAGCGGAACGCUUUUGAUGGGCUGGCCUCACUUGUGGAACUCAACCUGGCCCACAAUAACCUCUCUUCUUUGCCCCAUGACCUCUUCACCCCACUGAGGUACCUUGUGGAGUUGCACCUACACCACAAUCCCUGGAACUGCGAUUGUGACAUUCUGUGGCUAGCCUGGUGGCUUCGGGAGUACAUACCCACCAAUUCUACCUGCUGCGGCCGCUGUCAUGCUCCCCUGCACAUGCGUGGCCGCUACCUGGUGGAGGUGGACCAGGCCUCCUUCCAGUGCUCUGCCCCCUUCAUCAUGGAUGCCCCUCGGGAUCUCAACAUCUCCGAGGGUCGGAUGGCGGAACUUAAGUGUCGGACUCCCCCAAUGUCCUCCGUGAAGUGGCUGCUGCCCAAUGGGACAGUGCUCAGCCACGCCUCCCGCCACCCGAGGAUCUCUGUCCUCAACGACGGCACCUUGAACUUUUCCCACGUGCUGCUCUCAGACACCGGGGUAUACACUUGCAUGGUGACCAACGUGGCAGGCAACUCCAACGCCUCGGCCUACCUCAACGUGAGCACGGCCGAGCUCAACACCUCCAACUACAGCUUCUUCACCACAGUCACAGUGGAGACCACUGAGAUCUCACCUGAGGAUACGACGCGCAAGUACAAGCCUGUUCCUACGACGUCCACUGGUUAUCAGCCGGCAUAUACCACCUCCACCACGGUGCUCAUUCAGACCACCCGUGUGCCCAAGCAGGUACCCGCGACAGACACCAAUGAUAAGAUGCAGACCAGCCUGGAUGAAGUCAUGAAGACCACCAAGAUCAUCAUUGGCUGCUUUGUGGCAGUGACUCUGCUAGCUGCCGCCAUGUUGAUUGUCUUCUACAAACUUCGUAAGCGGCACCAGCAGAGGAGUACAGUCACAGCCGCCCGGACAGUUGAGAUCAUCCAGGUGGACGAAGACAUCCCAGCGGCGGCGUCUGCGGCAGCAACAGCAGCUCCGUCCGGUGUAUCAGGUGAGGGGGCAGUAGUGCUGCCCACAAUUCAUGACCAUAUUAACUACAACACCUACAAACCAGCACAUGGGGCCCACUGGACAGAAAACAGCCUGGGGAACUCUCUGCACCCCGCAGUCACCACAAUCUCUGAACCUUACAUAAUUCAGACCCAUACCAAGGACAAGGUACAGGAAACUCAAAUAUGACUCCCCUCCCCCCAAAAACUUACAAAAUGCAAUAGAAUGCACACACACACACACACACACACACACACACACACACACACACACAAGACAGCAACUUUUGUACAGAGUGGGGAGAGACUUUUUCUUGUAUAUGCUUCUAUAUUAAAUCUACGGGCUGGUAAAAGAAACAGAUUAUAUUAAAAUUUAAAAACAAAAAUUCAAAACAAAACUA